GCAAUCCACAUUAAGGAAACGAGGGAGCUUCACAGCUUUGAUACUCUGCUGUCAAGUGGCUAAAAUCCCACUUUAUCCUGCAGAGCAUGGUGGUAUUCAAGAAAAGGAUCAAAGGCUGUGAAGGCUGGCCCCUGACACCCCUCCCCCAUGCUUUACCACCUGGGUCGCUGGGAAUGACAGGGGCAUCACAUUUAAACUGGGAAGUCAAGGCAAAGUCACUCCGUUUAAUAGUGUGAAGCACAUCUAUGAAUGCAGUGAUCGGGAAAGAAAUGCCACAAAGAAAACUGUUUUCUAGCCACAUUUUGCGUCUUCUUUGUUGUGCCAGUUUUAGAUUUCUUCAGCAUCCAAAUGAAGGUUCAGGUCAGAAUAAUGUUGGCACAAACUGUGACCGCUGUAUGAUCUGAUUGCGCCGUGCGUAAAAGUUAACAUACUGAGCAGGAGAGCUGACAUCGCAUCCACUUUCUCCUCAUCCAUCCCUCUUCUCCAGUGGAAGAUCUCGUGGAUCCGGACAGGCAGGAGAGAGAAGCCCCUCCCCGCAGAUCAUCUCACUAGUCGAUGGUCCUUUUAACUUCAUUGUUGGAGAAGAAGCGACGCCCCGCUUCGCCACGGCAAAGGAUCAAACACCCUCUCUGAUCAGCUCGACCCCCAGUUUUGUUCUCAUGGAAAUCAGACCCUGCCUCCCGGCCACACUUUCCGCAAAGAUGCAAAGUUGAAGGCGCAUUCCCAGCCGGGACGACACAUGGUGAUGAUGUAUUGGAGGAGCUGAUCAUCGUUUCCUUUAUCCACCGUCUUCUAUGUGUUUCUUUCUCGGUGCUCGCCGCCGCUCUCCAACCGCUCACUUUCCGUUUCCAACAUGCUGGAUUUGACGCAGCGCAUUGUUUUCUGCGCGCUCCUCGGCUCCGUUUACGCGUCGUGCCCUCCGCGCUGCGAGUGUUCGGAGGCGGCUCACACCGUGAAGUGCGUUUCCAAAGACCUGCGGAGUGUCCCGCCCGGGAUUCCUGGAUACACCCGGAAUCUGUUCAUCACCGGGAAUCAGAUCAGCCGCAUCGGUCCGGAGUCCUUCAAAGGACUGGAGAAUGUGACAAACCUGUCACUGAGCAAUAACAGAAUCUCCGAAGUGGAAUCCCACACCUUCGCUGGACUCCGCAGCCUUCGCUCUCUGGAUCUGAGCAACAACCAGCUGGCUGUCAUUCACCCCGAGGCCUUCACUGUGCUCAAUCAGUCUCUGCGGGAGCUCAACCUGAGCCGUGCCCUCUACAACCACUCCUCAGUGAUGGACUUGGCCACAUCUCUGCGUUGGAGCUCCUUGGGGACCCUGCACGGCCUGGACCUGUCCAACAACGGCCUCAUCUAUUUGCCCUCACGUGUCUUCUCCCACCUGAGCAGCCUGCGGCGGCUCCAGCUUUCCAACAACUCCCUGGUGGCCAUCCACAACUCCACCUUCUCUGGUCUGGAGCAGCUGGAGGAGCUCGACCUCACGCUCAACGCCCUGAAAACAGUACCCGAGGAGGGCCUGCAAGAGCUGGACUCUGUGCCAAAUGCAGCUCUUCUGCUGGGAGAAAACCCAUUCACAUGCACGUGUGGAAUUGAACCUUUUGCUCUGUGGCUCAACAGAUCACAGGACCGCAUUAGAGAUGCCGAGGGCCUCGCGUGCGCCUUCCCGGCCAGCAUGAGGAACACGUCCAUGCUGGCUGUGGGCUCGUUGACUCUGGGAUGCCACCAGAGGGACGCGGGGGCAGACCUUGCUUUGCAGACCUCUUAUGUCUUCCUGGGUAUAGUCUUGGGCUUCAUAGGCCUCAUUUUCCUUUUCGUACUUUACCUCAAUCGCAAGGGCAUCAAGAAACGCAUCUACGACAUGCGGGACGCCUGCAGGGAGGUGUGGGAAGGCUACCAUUACCGCUUCGAGAUCGACUCUGACCCCAGGUUAUCGCAGGUCUCCACCAGCGCUGACAUGUGAGAGGACAAUAACUGCAGGUGGAUUUUCUUAUCAAACUGACUUUUUCCUUUUUGCAUCUAUCAGUAGCAACAUGUAAAAAUGUACAGAUUUGUCUGUAAAUAUAUACAUACAAUAGUGUUAAUAAUCUGUCAGCCUUGUUGAGUGAAGCAUGCACUGCCCAUCUUUCCUCAUACACGCCAAUAUGCUCUUAUACUGCAGACUAUCAUGAAUUUCUUUGCCGUCCUGAAUGAAAUGGACAUCAUGCUUAUAAAGGGAGUUCAGUGUUUGACAUCCUGUGACCCUAUAAAGCGGGUAUAGCUAAUGGAUGGAUUGUUUGACGUGCCAUAUUUCCAUUCCUGCCCUUUAUGUACACACAAAAGCAACAGCAAGUGCCUGAAGUCAGCUAGGUAUUGUUUCCCAACUAUCUACAUGGCACACUCACUCAGUAUUCCCUAUCAGAUCGACUCUUUAUAUUCAGCUUGUGAAAAAAAGCAACAAAAUGCUGCAAUAAAAUCCUGACACUAAGAAAACAAACCUCUGGGAAUUUAAAGCACAAUCUCUCAUUCAUCUUUGAACCAUUUCAAGCCCUUUGGUCCCUCCGUCCUGCAGCCCCGGGGUGCCAGAGAGGAAUUAAGCCACCAAAAGCUUUUCCAAAGCUCUCCUUAAAAUCACCACUCUGCUCCUCUUUGGCUGCUGGAUUAGCAGGGGGGACAAUUCAGCACAGACCAGCGGAAAUCUCCUAGCCCCCUCAUUUUUCCCCCCUUUUUUUUUCAUGAAAUGUCGCUUUGUUUCAACUCCUUGAGUUUUAUUGUCAAAAUGAUGAGAACCAGUCGCGGGCUGAGGCCGCUGAAAGCAAUCUCCCUCCCUCCUUAAAGACAACAACCGCUCUGGAGGCUCUUUGAAGGAAAAGUCUGGCUCUCCACGUUUUUCUGUUUAAGGGAUUUUUUUUUCCAGUGAUAAGAUACAGAUGAUUCUAAAACACCAGCUACAUUGUUGCAUUCAGCGGUUUGCUCUGACCAGCUAAAGGCGUUGAGCCUCAUGAAGGGAAGCAAGACUAUGUUCUUUAACUUUUAAACUUAUAAUUUGGGCUAAGAAAAGUGUCCUUUUAGGGGAAACUGUUUUCUGUCACUGAAACCCAGAAAUGUAUGUAAAUCCAGAGCCUUACAUUUUGCAUGUAUGCUUAAAUCAACUUAUAAUCUUACAGCAAAUGAAUUCCAAACAAAAUCCACUUUUCUCAAAUGUCAUAUGUGACAUCCUUGUUUCUCUAAAUGACAAAAGCGAUUCUCUGCGGCCUUUCAAUGCUCCAAAGUGAGACAAACACAGACAGAGAGAGGAGAUGGCAUGCUGCCAUUCCUGAAUGUGUUUAUUGCCCAAAUUGCUAGCUAUCUAGGUAUUCAGAAUGAAGGGGGAAGGAGGCCUGGAGUUAAGUGAAUCAGCCUCCCAUUGUUCGAAGCCAAAGUAGCAUCUUCAUCCCAUCAAGAUGUCCUCCAAACUCCUCUGAUAGCGAUCUAGAAUUGUGUACAUGGAGCCAUUUUACUGCAUGUGGAAUGAUAAAAUAAAGCAUUAGAAAGUC